UCCCGAUGGGAAAAACCAAAAAGAACCCUUCCGCGAUUCCACCGGAAUCAAUGGAAGACAAGGUUGACCUGGUUCAACUUUUGUCAAAUACUGGUGUUCCUCCUUCGGAAGAAGAAAUAAUAACCUUUCUUUCCGCCCGUUUUAAAGCAGACCUACCAUACACCCGCAUAAAUGCUUCCUCCCUUGUAAUAGUAAACCCUAAUAAACCCUUAGAAAUAAUGAACGACCUGUCGGCAAAAGAAUACGCUGACCAAUGGUACAGAGACACUUCUAGUGAAAACUCUACUUUACAACCUCAUAUCUACGAAUUUGCGGCGAAGAUAUACUUGCACAUGAGGAGAUCGGCCGAGGACCAAAGUGUUAUUUUCAGUGGCAUCACAGGUUCCGGAAAGACGGCUACUCAAGGUCACCUCUUGUCUCAGCUUUUGCUCCUCUCAACACAUACAAAAAAAGAAUCAAAGAUUGCGACUCAAAUUCGAAAUGCACAAAUUAUUUUGGAGGCUUUUGGGAGC